AUGACCUUAUCAGACAAACCAAGCAAUGAUAAUGAAAAGAAUCCGGAGGUCCAGACCGUUCUAUCACAUGGAAAUAUUGACUUGCUGAACAAAACUGGAUACGAGCUCUAUGAAAAGGCACAAGAUAUUUCGGAAGAGGAGGAUAUUGAAGUAUACAAGAGAAUCAGAUGGAAGUUGGAUUGUAGGAUUGUACCAUUGUUGUGUAUUACUUAUAUGUUGCAAUAUUUAGACAAGUUGUCUUUAAACUAUGCUUCUGCUUACACACUCAAAGAGGAUUUAGGAUUGCAAGGUCAAAGAUACUCUUGGGUUGCUGCUAUAUUCAAUUUUGGUUACUUGUUCUGGGCAUACCCUGCAAAUUACAUUAUACAGAAGCUACCAGUUGCUAAAUAUACAGGGUUUAUGUUAUUUACGUGGUCAAUUAUCUUGAUUGGUCACGUAGGUUUGAAAAAUUAUGGUGGUGCUUUGGUGAUCAGAUUUUUAUUGGGCAUGUUUGAAGCAGGUAUAAGCCCUUCUUGUAUGAUGAUUUGUGGCACAUUUUUCACAUUGAAACAACAACCAAUUCGAAUGAGUGUGUUUAUGUCCUUCAAUGGAGUUGCGACUAUGUUGGGUGCGUUGUUAGCUUUUGGAUUGGGACAUGUUGAUAAUGCAAAAAUAAAUCAAUGGCAAUUAAUUUUCCUCGUCAUUGGAUUGAUUAACCUUGUGUGGUCAAUUUGCUUCCUUUGGUUGUGUCCUGACUCUCCUCAGGGAGCCAAAUUCCUAACUGAAGAGGAGAAAGCAAUCUUGAUCAAACACAUCGCUAGCAAUAAUCAAGGCGUUAAAGAUCAGAAAUUUGAAAAAUACCAAGCUCUUGAAGCUUUCAUGGACCCCACCGUGAUAAUGAUUGCCGCAAUCGGGUUGGCAAUGGGCGUUAGCAAUGGUGGUGCAUCCAACUUCAUAUCGGCUUUGAUUAAGGGUUUUGGUUUUGAUGGGAUUGAAGCUACAGCUUUACAGUUACCGUUGGGUGCUGUUGAAUUAGUGUUACUUAUUCUUGGUGGAAUCAUUUCAUUUACGGUUAAAAAUACUCGAUGUUAUGUGCUAUUUGCAUUAUGUAUAGGGCCGUUAGGAGGAUUGAUUGGCUUAUAUACAAUCCCGUUGGAACGCAAAUGGUCAUUGGUUGGAUGUUCCUUCAUGCAGUAUGUUGUAGGGGGACCCAUCAUUAUGUGUUGGAUUCUAUUGAACGCCAACGUUUCAGGAAGUUCCAAAAAGACAACAGCGAAUGGAUUAUGGUUUGUAAUGUAUGCUACAGGUAACACUAUAGGAGCAAAUAUAUUUUAUGCAUAUCAAGCGCCAAGGUAUGAGAGUGGUAUCACCGGUAUGAUUACUAGUUAUAGUGGAAGUAUGCUUUUAGCUAUUAUGAUUCGAUUAGCGUAUAUGAGAAGAAACAAAUUAAGAGAUAAAGAAUUAGGGGAGCAGACUAAGGAACAAGAGGAACAAGCAAUCUUGAAUGGGUUUAUGGGAAUGACCGAUUUUGAAAACAAGGGGUUUAGAUACUCCUUAUAG